AUGCCUAGCUUAGUGGGCCAUGGCAUUGAGGCGAGAUUGCUGCUGCUGCUGCUGCUGGUGCUGGGAGUCGCCAACAUUGCCAGCAGCGUGAGCUUUCGCCGUAACUUCGAUGCAGCGCGUCAGACGAGCAAUCUCAAUGCGAACAGCAACAGCAACAGCAACAUACCGCUGUGGAAGCAACGCGCCUGUGAGAAGCCGCAGAAGCAUAAGGCGAACUCGCAUUACAUCUGCGAUGACGCGGGCGAUGUGAAGUGCCUGCCCGGCUGGCAGGGCGAUCUCUGUCAGGUGCCCAUGUGUCGACGUGGCUGCGAUCCUAUGAAUGGCUACUGCCAGCGGCCUGGUGAGUGCCGCUGCCGCAUUGGCUACACGGGCGAGCAGUGCGACAAGUGCAUACCGCUGCCUGGUUGCCAGCAUGGGGCAUGCAACAAGCCCUUCGAGUGCGUCUGCAAGCCCGGCUGGGAUGGACUCUUCUGCACCGAGCCGAGUUGCCGCAGCGGCUGCCACAGCACGCGUGGCUACUGCGAGGCGCCGGGCGAGUGCCGCUGCCGCAUCGGCUGGGCGGGACGCAGCUGCAGCGAAUGUGCCACAAUGCCGGGCUGCCAGCAUGGCACUUGCAACAAGCCACUGGAAUGCAACUGCCAGCCCGGCUACACGGGUCUGCUCUGCCAAACGGCAAUUUGUGCCUCGGACUGCAGCAAGCAGCAUGGAUAUUGCCGCAAGCCGGGCGAGUGUCGGUGCAAGGUGGGCUGGACGGGGCAGCAGUGCGACAAGUGCUUUCCGUAUCCGGGCUGCGUGAAUGGCGACUGCGAGGCGCCCUGGGAGUGCAAUUGUCGCCCCGGCUGGGGUGGCAUGCUGUGCGAUGAGAAGCUGAGCUAUUGCGACGAUCAUCCGGACACCUGUGCGAAUGGCGGCAAGUGCACAUCGUUGAGCCAGGAGGAUGGCAGCUAUCGCUGUCACUGUCGUCAGGGCUAUCUGGGCAAGAGCUGUGAAAUCGCUGAUGACUUUCUGUUGACAUCGGUGGCGCCUCCACGCAUUACGCCGCCGCCGCUUGGCCUAGACGCAGCUGUUGCUGAUGAUGGCAAAAACAAACUGGAAGCAAACGUUACAGCAAUCAUAACGCACAACAACAACAAGACAGCAACAACAACAACAACAGCAGCAGCAGCAGCAACAAUAACAACAACGGAAGCAGCGGCAACACGCGUCGCUGCCAGUGGCAGCCGCAAUGUGUCUAAUGAAGCGUUAAACGAUUUUGCAGUUGCUGCUGAUGCGACAACAGCGACAACAACUGCCCCAUCAACAAUGGCAGCCAGCAAUGCAACAAGUGGCAAGACGCCCACAUCCACUCCCACUCCCACUCCCUUACACACACACACACAGUCUGCUGCACACGAGCAGCUGACAACAUCGGUGUCGCCCAUUAGCAGCGUUCACACCAACGAGUAUAAUGGCGAUGAGGAGGAAGAUGAUGAUGAGGAUGAGGACGACGAUGAGGAUGAGGACGAUAGUGAUUAUGAUGACGAGGAGGAUGACAAUGAUCAAAUCAUACCAAAUAUUAUUUGACCAACCAAUUUG